AUGGAAAAUAGUUCUUCCUCUUUUGUCUUUGCUGCUAGCUCGACGCAAGUAAUAGGUAAAGAGGAUGGCCCGGGUGAGCAACUCGAAUAUCAAAAUAAGGUCGGAUGGGUAAUGGGAGGAAGCAUUACGAUGGAUUAUACUGAAUUCAUAAAAUCCAACUUGUCAAACCGAACUAAUAAAUUUACUGCUGUGAAAUUUUUUAAACAUUUUAAAUUUACAUUCUCACAAAAGAAGCAUGCGGAAAAAGUUUUAAUUAAAGCUUUACAAAAAAUUGGGGCAGAGAAAGAUGUUUUAGCUGAAAAGACAAUGUCCUUUUUAAGUAUUUUUGAUGAGCACAUCCAUUCUUUUCCCGUACAACAAUUUUGGGAUAGUAUCCGUUUAAAUGAUGGGAGAGAAAAAACUGGCACUGAACAAGAAAAUGAGGCAAGCCAUCUACAUUGCUCAUAUAUAGAAGAAGAAUGUCACAUCAGGUUCAACGCAUUAGAAAAGCACAUAAAUGAAAGUGAUGAAAUAAUAUAUAGAGAAAGACGAAAGGCAAAUGAACUUGAAACUCGUCCCCAACAAAAAAAACUAAGAUACUAUUCACCGAAUUGUUCUGAAGAUGAUGCUGACUCAGAGAUAGCACCCAUUUCUCUUACACAUGUCUUGCGUGAAAUAUUUGAAAACUCUGUAAAAAGUCAAGACAAAAUAGUUGAAACCGAAUCUGUCACAUAUCUGGGAAAGGCAGUGGAAUUGGAACCCAAUAAUCUGGAGUUGGAACCUAAGAAUCUUGACGAUGCAGCGGAAUUAGGGUUUAAUCUGAAUGAAAAUGUCGAGUUAGAACCUGAGGAUCUAGACCAUACAGCCGAAUUAGAAAAUAAGGACCCAAAUGCAACUAAAUUAGAUACCUCUUUGAUAUUAACAAAGGAGGUAAAUGUUAAAAAAGAAAACAAAAGCAAUACAUUACCAAUGAUCUCGCAAAAGACGUUCUUGAUGCAUAUCAAACUAAGUCUACGAUGGCGUAAAUGUACUGGAAGUUGUUUAUUCAACAAACGAAAUGAAAAAAUGUUCAUUUUCCAUUGGCGUCCUAAUCAAACUGAAGCUCUGCAAGUUGGAGUUUAUCCAAUUGGUAUUGAUCCU